ACAGCGCAGCAGCCACGUAAACAAGAACGUACUCACGUCGCUGCCUGCUAGCUGCCUGCACAGUUUCAAAGCUGCAUUAUACGGUGGCCCAGACGGUUCAACGAUAUUUAACCACAUGAUGCAAAACUCCCUCAGCAGCCAGUCGGUGGGACAGCCUCAUCUGUAAAAUGUCGAUGGUGUUGUUUGCCUCUGUGGUUCGCGUCGCGGACGGCCUGCCUCUCUCCGCGUCCACCGACUAUGAGCAGGAGAAAGACCUUCAGGAGACAAAGCGGCAUCUCAAAGGCCUCUCCAAGAAACUCGGCCAGUUCCCUGACCGCUGCACACUCAAGUCUGGGCCAUACAAUGUGAAUUUCAUUUACUCACUGGGUGUUGGAUACCUGAUGGUCUGCACCGGUAAUUAUCCUAAUGUGCUGGCCUUCUGCUUCCUGGAUGAGCUGCAGAAGGAGUUUAUCAUCACCUAUGACACCAAACGUAUCAGCAGCGCCAUGCGGCCGUACUCCUUCAUUGAAUUUGACACCUUCAUCCAGAAGACCAAGCAGCGCUACAACAGCCCUCGCUCCCUGUCCACCAAGAUCAACCUGGCUGACAUGCAGACAGAGAUCAAGCUGCGACCGCCCUAUCAGCUCUCCCCAGAGGACCUGCGGGCUAUCAAUGGAUUCUCAGUGCGUGCAGCUUCUAAAUACAAGGGCAUAGCCCCCACGCAGAUGUUGGAGCCGGCGACGCUCCCUGGCAUUGUGUCCUGUGUGCUCAGCAUCCUGUGCGGAGGGCUGAACCUGCUGCGAGGAGUCCAUGCAAUAGAGAGCAUAUUACAGAAUGACGACGAGGACUUUAAUUAUGUGAUUGCCUUCUUCCUCGGCACGGCAGCCUGUCUGUAUCAGUGCUACCUGUUCGCCUACUUCUCCGUCUGGAGGAACAGCAAGUCCUUCCUGGCGUUUGCACUCAUCUGUCUGUCCAACAUGUAUCUGUACGAACUGAGGAACGUUUGGCAGAUCCUCUUCCACGUGGCUGUGGGGGCCUUCAUGACCCUGCAGAUCAGACUGAGGCAGCCGCUGGGCAAAGCGCCAGACUACAACGUCUGACCAAGGCCUUAGACAAAAGAGGACUGAUGCGCUUUUAGUCAGGUGCCGCGCGCCCGCCGUGGAAAAGCCAGCGAUGCUUCACGGGACACAGUGGGAGCAACAA